AUGGACCAGCUACGGAAACAUCACACGAGCAGUCAUGACUUGAAUUACAUCGACAGAGCCUUGAAAGGGGUAUCAUUUGGCCAUAGUAGCAAAAGCUCCCGUGAAACAGCGACUGACCUGAAGGGUCCCUUGGGACUCAAUCUACUUCACACACCCUCAGAACCGCUAAUAGAUUUCAUAUUUGUUCAUGGGUUGGGCGGUGGAUCCAGAAAAACUUGGGCGAAAUCAGAGGAUGUAUACCAUUACUGGCCUAAAGAACGGCUACCUCGGGAUCCCGACUUCAAAAACGUCAGAAUUUUUUCAUUUGGAUACAGUGCAGAUUGGACAGUUAGGAGCGGGGAUGCACUCGACGUUAGCGAUUUCGCGCAAUCGCUACUAGGGGAACUCAACACAUGUCCAGAGAUUCGUAGGAGCAAGACAAAAAUCGUUCUUGUUGGUCACAGCAUGGGUGGCUUGGUCAUAAAGAAGGCAAAUAACAAUAUCCACGAGGAUCCGGCAAUGCAAGACCUUGUCCAGCGAGUUGAUACCAUGUAUUUUCUUGCCACUCCACAUCGAGGAUCGAAUCUUGCUGCGACACUCAACAACAUUUUGGGGAUAUCGUUUGGAGUCAAACAAUUUACGAUCAACUUGGAGAUGAGUAGUAAGAUGAUAGCCAGUAUCAACCAAAGCUUCCGUCAUUGUUCUGAAAACUUGCAUAUAUGGUCCUUUUAUGAGACUCAAGAGACGAGUUUCAUAAACGCAAGAAUCGUCGAGAAAGAAUCUGCGACGCUGGAAUGGCCAAAGGAAAGAAUUGCUUACAUUAAUGCUGAUCAUCGAGGAAUAUGCAAGUUUGAUUUACCUUUAGAUCCUAAUUUCAAGACUCUUAGGAAUGCAUUUACCUCUACCAUCGAUCAUGCCACGGCGGAGAUUCUAAGAAUUCAGCGUGGGACUAUAUCAGCUGAGCGGCAUUGCCUCUAUAGCCUAUUGGACAUCAACGAUGUUCCAGAAGACGAUCUAAUAGUGGCUCGCGAUGCAAAGAUUGGAGGAUCGUGCAAGUGGCUGACUAUGACUCCAAAGUUCACCAGCUGGCAAGAUCCUACUUCAGACACACCUUCAGUCUUUUGGCUGAGUGGAAAUCCUGCAUCGGGAAAAUCAGUUCUUGCUGGGCACGUUAUUGACCAUUUGUGUCAAAGUAAUCUUGCAUGUAAUUACUUUUUCUUUAAAGAUGAAAUUGCUGCUCGUUCAUCGGUUGGCUAUUGUUUGCGUAGUUUUGCGUUCCAAAUGGCCUUACAUAGUCCUGAAAUUCGCAGGUUUCUCUUGGAUGUGGAAUCAAAUGGGACUACGUUCAAUAAUAACGACGAGAUUGUGAUUUGGAACAAACUAUUCGUCAAUGGGAUUCUUCAGCUUACGAUGGAGGUUAACCAAUAUUGGGUUCUCGAUGCACUCGACGAGUGUGCUUGUUCCCAAGCUCUCAUCCCUAUGCUAAUCAAGCUCGUCAACUCUGCAAGAUCUCGGUUUCGAAUUUUUAUUACAAGUCGUCAUAGCCAGGCUUUGGAUAAGGGAUUUCUAGGCCUUGGUAAAAAUCUAAUCAGUCAGGAACUCUGUUUCUCAGAUACGAUGGGAGACAUUAAACUAUUUUUGGAAGCUCAUAUGGAUAGCCUUCCUUUGGAUACGCUCCCCAAACAGGAGGAGUUGACCGCACGAAUACUGGCUAUGUCUUCUGGGUCUUUUCUUUGGGUGCAACUUGUCAUGCAAGAGCUUUCUGAAAUCUACAGCGAAGAAGAUAUCGAGACUGUUCUCUCAGAUAUACCAGCCGAUAUGAAUCAAUUCUAUACAAAAAUUCUGAGAAAUUUGUCAAACGAUCGUAGAGGAGCGAAAUUAGCCAAAGUCAUCUUUACGUGGAUAGUUUGCUCGUAUCGGCCAUUGACUAUCACUGAGAUGCAAUGCGCUUUAAAGCUAGAUUCGAAAAGCACAGUCAACAGCUUACGAAGAGACAUAAGUUCUAUCUGCGGCCAGCUUGUGUUCGUCGAUGAUCAAUCACGGAUACACCUAAUUCAUCAAAGCGCCAAAGAUUUCCUUCUCCAAGAAGACUUCUGUUCCAAUUUCUUUGUAGACAGAAGAGAAGGACACUACCGUCUUGCUGCUUUGUUCCUUGAUGUUUUAAGUAAGGGCUAUCUACGGGCUUUUCGAGUUAAAAGAUUCGAGAUAUCAACUACUUCGGCAAGUCACGAAGCCAUGUUACUUGAUCACGCUUAUACUUUCUUCUCUGAGCACCUAUAUCAAUCUUUAUCUUUGUGUGCUGAGCUUUUUCAAAAGCUCCACAAAUUCCUUGAUACGAAUGUUUUAUGGUGGAUUGAGACGGUUGCAAGGACAGGGAACGUCAAUGAUAUAAGCCGUGCUGCCAAGAACAUGAAAGCUUACCUCGAUCGUCGUGAGAUGCAUUUCCCUCCUAUCGAUGAGAAACUCUGUGAGGUGGAUUCCUGGAUCACAGAUCUUAUUCGUAUCGGCACAAAAUUUCGAAACGUCCUUCUAGCAUCGCCUUCAUCAGUCCGUAGCCAAAUUCCAGCAAUGUGCCCUUCGCAAUCAAUCGUUGCUACAAAACAAAAGCAAGUGAAGAACAGCUUUAGAGUAGUAGGGUUAUCUAAGGGGACAUGGGAUGACUGCUUGGCCCAAAUCGACUACAAGGGGCAGGGUCUACAAGCCAUUACACUUAUACAUGGAGAACAUACAUUUGCUGUUGGGUUAUCGAGCAGGCAAAUAAUAGUUUAUGACAGUGCGACAACUCAAGUCAAAUGUACCUUCGAUCACGGCGAGAAAGUGAAGGAAGGUCCUUGCGUUCGGAACCAAAGAUAUAUUUCUUGCAUCCGCUGGAAUGCGCUCGAUACGAAUUUGGGAUCUCGAAACGGGAGGCAUGAAGUGUUCAUUCCAACUUGGUUAUCGAACAGUGGCCCUUAA